AUGUCUUUCGAUCGCUUAGACUCACUAGAGUCCCAACCUACUACUUUACGCCAGUCCGAUGACCCACAUUAUCAAGAUGCUCCUGGCUUCGAUAGUUACGCCGAAUCUCUCUCUGGUCGACUAUUCGAAUUAACAUCUAUUAUUGGUCGUUUGUCGAGCCAAGUCAAGCUUCUUGGGGGCAAUCGUGACAAUGAGCGUGUCCGUGAACGGGUUCACAACCUUCUGGAACAGGCUCGUGAUGGGUUCAAGGAUAUAGGCGAGGAAAUCAAGAAGAUCCAAACCUGGGAAAACGUCAAUCCUUCUCAAAAGUGGACUCAAACGAAGCUUUCGACCGAGUUCAAGGCAAGUCUAGAUGAAUUCCAGACUGUCCAGCGUCUUGUUUUGGAGAGACAACGCGAGUCUGCCAACGCUGCCCGUACUGCUAUUGAAGAAAGCGAGCAUGGAAAUGUCGAUACCGAAGGCCAGCUGCUUCAACAGUUGGAGGAGCAGCCUCGUUUAGCAAAUCAGGGCGAUGUGGACUUCCAGGAGACGCUCAUCAUCGAACGCGAGGCUGAGAUCCGCAACAUUGAGCAGAGUGUCGGUGAACUGAAUGAACUUUUCCGUGAUGUCGCCCAUAUAGUCACGGAGCAAGGUGGACAGCUUGAUAUCAUCAGCGAGAAUGUGCAGAAUGUCCACUACGACACACAUGGAGCGAAUACCGAGCUUCGUAGUGCCAGUCGAUACCAGAAAAAUGCGCGCAAUAAGGCAUGCUGUUUGCUUGUCAUUCUUGCCGUGAUCUUGGCCAUCAUUAUUCUCGCGGUCGUUCUUGGAUGA